AUGUAUGAUAAAUUAACCAUGUUAAAUCUACAAAGUGGUUCCAACUGGACUGGGCCAAAUAACUGGUACCAUCAGCCAAACACAGUGCCCCCACAGCACAGCACAGAGGGAUGUGGGGUUGAAGUGGAUGGUAGAAUUGGAGGAGGAGGCAUGCAGGCAGAGAGGGAUGAGGGGGAAGAAUCACAGCUACGACUGCAACUGAAGAGGAAGUUGCAGAGAAACAGAACCAGUUUCACUCAGGAACAGAUUGAGGCACUGGAGAAAGAGUUUGAGAGGACACAUUACCCAGAUGUCUUUGCAAGAGAGAGAUUGGCAGCCAAGAUUGAUCUUCCAGAAGCACGGAUUCAGGUGUGGUUUUCCAAUCGAAGAGCUAAAUGGAGGAGAGAAGAGAAACUGCGCAACCAGAGACGAUCUGGGGGCGGGACAUCCUGUUCCCAAGCACACGCCCCCUUAAGCACAUCCUUCAAUUCGACUGUCUAUCACCAUCAACAUGGCAACAGUUCAGGGUCUGUGCUGAAUCGCAAUGAAUCGUCUCUCCCUAGCUACAGCUCUCUCUCUGUCUUCUCUGGGGUUCAGCCUGUACCCCCACAAUCUGCACCCUCUUACUCCUGCAUGCUGCCCCCAUCGCCCUCAGCCCCUCGAAACUUUGAUUCCUCCCCUUACCCCUCCCCUCACUUACCUCCACCUCCUUCAGCCAACUCCAACACAGGUCUCAUUUCUCCAGGAGUUUCAGUACCAGUGCAAGUUCCUGGCAAUGAGCAGAGCAUGGGUCAGAAUCUGGGUCAGUACUGGGCCCGACUGCAGUGA